UUCGCCGCCGUCUUCAUCAAACAGCGCGACCUUGCAUCUCGGCUUUGUCACCGCCGCAACUCGAACCCAUAACCGUCGCCAGUUGAUUCUAUCGCGUACGUGAUCUUGCGAAUACGCCAAGAUGUCUGACUACGGUGGCGACGACGACCGCGAGCCUCUCAACGACGAGCCGGCGUUCGACGAAGAUGCCGAUGAAUACUACGAGCCAGAGCCGGACCCGGCCGAGGAGGAUGACGCGGCGCGCGCGCCAGAGCAGGACGGCGAGCAGCAGGAUGGCGAUCACGUCGUGGUGUCGGGCGACCCUAAUGCGGCGGCCAACCACGGCAAGGGCAACGAAAAGUCCCACAAGGACAAGAAGAUCCCGAACGAUCAGCGCACCACGACGCCCUUCAUGACAAAGUACGAGAGGGCGCGCAUCCUGGGCACGAGGGCGCUGCAGAUCAGCAUGAACGCGCCGGUGCUGGUAGACCUUGAAGGCGAGACGGAUCCGCUGCAGAUCGCUAUCAAGGAGUUGAAGGAGAAGAAGAUCCCUUUGAUUGUGCGCCGGUACUUGCCAGAUGGAUACUAUGAGGACUGGACCUGCGAGGAGCUUCUCCAAUGAUGCCAUUGUGUUUUUUGAAGAAAACGAGGAAAACCAAGACUGCAUUAGCGAGGGCGUUGGGGUAUUGCUUUAUUGCUGUUUGAGAUAAGGGUUACUCGCUUGGAGAGAGAUCGGGGGUCAAUAUUGGGUCUUGCAUGGUCCCUGAGCCGUAAUCCGUGGUCGCUCGUAGUGGUGAUGCUCUUUUUGCUUCGAUGGAGGAGUCAUAGGCAUAUCCUGGCCUGGCUCCUCGAUUUCUUUCAAGGUUCUUAGAGACUUCGACAAGCCAAAGGUGGCUGUUGCAGAUGCAGACGAGGACAAGAUACUUGACAGACUAGCAAAGAUUCAGAAUGUAAUCCGACUCACACAACCUGAAGCUUAAGUACAUCAGUCUAUGGGCUGUGUGAAGAGGCUGGUGUUGUGAACU